AUGGAUCGAAGCCUUUGCCCUCUGAGGCAGAUCCGACAGGCGUGCCCUUACAUGGGUCGCGUCUCGAUGCCUCAGCUUCGACAGAUGUCCACUACCGUCCUGCACCCUGGUGGCCCCACCCGACUCAUCUCCCAGGCUCAGCAGUGCCCCGUCAUGAGCCAGAGCCUCGCCAUUCAGGCCGAGCAGACCAGCGGCGCUGCUGCCAGCACCUUCACCCCGACUUUUGGUGCUUCCGGCAGCUCCUUCUUUGCCAACGCGGCUCGUCCUGCCGCCGCUGUUGCUGCCAUCGCUAGUGGUGGCUGCCCCUUCUCCAACCAGAUGAUGGGCGGCGCUGCCCAGCAGGUCCGAUCGUAUGUUUCGCGAUCCGAAGCUGCCCGUGCCUCCGUGGCCCAGCCCGACGACAUUGAGCGUCUGCACGCCAAGGAGGGCAUCAGCAUCGCCGACCAGGCCCAAGUCGACAAGUGUCCUCAUGCUCGCAGGCUCGCCGAGGUCGCUGCUGCCGCCGCUGCUGGCGACUCGCUGCCCCAGCAUCAGCGACGUAAGAGCAUCAAGAACAAGCAGGUCCGCACCCCUGGUUCUGGUCUCGGUGUGCACCCCGAGCCCGAACCCUACAACCGGCCCGGUUUCCAUUACGAAAAGUUCUACCACGAGCAGCUCCAGGCCAAGCACGCCGACAAGUCGUACCGCUACUUUAACAACAUCAAUCGUCUCGCCGGCAAAGCUCCCAAGGGACAUCUGUCGGUCGAAGCCGACGAGAUCACUGUCUGGUGCGCCAACGAUUACCAAAACAUGAGCCGCCACCCUGCCGUGCUCGAAGCCAUGAAAGACACGCUCGACAAAUACGGCGCUGGCGCUGGCGGCACUCGCAACAUCGCCGGUCACAACCGUCACGUCGAGACCAUCGAGCACACGUUGGCCCAACUGCACCGCAAGGACGCUGCGCUCGUCUUUGGCUCGUGCUACGCCGCCAACGACGCAACGCUCACCAUCCUGGGUUCCAAGCUGCCCAACUGCGUCAUCCUCUCCGAUGCCAGCAACCACGCCUCGAUGAUCCAGGGCAUCAAGCAUUCCAGCGCCAAGAAGGUCAUCUACAAGCACAACGAUAUGGCCGACCUCGAGGCCAAGCUGCAGGCCAUCCCCGUCGAUGUGCCCAAGAUCAUCGCCUUCGAGUCCGUCUACUCCAUGUGCGGUACCGUCGGACCCAUUGAGAAGACGAUCGAGCUUGCCGAAAAGUACGGCGCCAUCACCUUCCUCGACGAGGUCCACGCCGUGGGCAUGUACGGUCCUCGCGGUGCUGGUGUCGCCGAGCACCUGGACUGGGAUGCGCAGGUCGCUCAGGGUCACCAGCCUGGUCUGCUCAAGGGCACGCUGAUGGACCGCAUCGACAUCAUCACCGGCACCCUCGGCAAGGCUUACGGCAAUGUCGGCGGCUACAUUGCUGGCUCGAACCGGUUUGUUGAUCUGAUCCGCUGCUUUGCUCCGCAGUUCAUCUUUUCCACCACGCUUCCUCCCUCGGUACUCACCGGUGCCAAUACGGCCAUCAAGGUGCUGAUGGAGUCGAACGACUCUCGCAUCCUCCAGCAGGUGCGCACGCGCGAGGCCAAGGACAAGCUCAUUGCCGCCGGUAUCCCGCUGCAGCACAACCCUUCGCACAUUGUGCCCGUGCUGGUCGGCGACGCCUCCAAGGCCAAGGCGGCUUCCGACAUGCUGCUUGAGGAGUACGGCUGCUACGUGCAGCCCAUCAACUUCCCUACCGUCGCCCGCGGUCUCGAGAGGCUGCGUGUCACGCCCACCCCUGGCCACACUUCGGCUGACGUCGACCACCUGGUCUACGCUCUCUCUGAGAUCUGGAAGGAGCUGGGUCUGCGCACUGUCGAUGACCUGCGUGCCGCUCCCGAGGGCCAGGACGCUCUGGCCGAUCUGUUCAAGGCUUCCGAACAGACGGCUCGCGAGAAUCCGCUCUGGACCGACAAGCUGCUCGGCCUGGACGAGCUCAAGGCGGAUGUGCGCACCAAUGGCUUUGCCUCUGCUCCCGCUGCUGGUCCUCACGUCGCUGCUCCCCCUGCUGCUCGUGCCGUCGGCGUUGCUGCCUGA